AUGGAGUGGAUAGAUGGGUCAGGACGGAAGGCUGGUCAAGGAAUUGAUUUCACUUGUCUGAUAAUUUGUAGCUCCGUGCUGAGAUUGGCAAGACUCACUGGCGAUGCUAGCGAAAUGUUUUGGAAUGUACCAAGUCCACGGUCCGACACUGGGAAUUAUGAUUACUAUAGCAGAGAACUUCGGACAAGCGAAGAGGCUGCAUUUAUCGACAACCGUAUUACACAGCUUCAUCAAGCUUUCUUGCUUGAUAUGGAUCGCCUUCCCACCGAGUCUCUCUUUCGUGAACCCGAAGCUGUUUCAUCAAUUAUGACCAAGGAUCCAGUUUCUUAUCAAGCUGACCUGGCAUCGUCCUCUCAGGUCCGGCAUGUUGAUUAUCUUGAUCCCAAAGAAGCAGCUCCAUGGCCUCAUCCCGACUUAAACAACCAAACGAUUGCCUUUGAUGCUGAUAGGCUUAACGAGACGACCACUUUAAAUUAUCGCUUUCUUAGCCUUGACGACGGCCCAGCCACACCUACAUCUCCACAAGAUAUGCCAUCCGGGCUAGGUCUUGAAGACGAAAUUUCUCGCCAAACUUGUGAUCACUCACAAAAAAAUGAUAAGCUAGAUCUCCGAACUACAAAAGAUCAACUUUCCAAAGUUCCACAAGAGGAUCUGGUAGUCACUUUGGAUCAAUUAGCUCAUUCCAAUUUUGAUUCGCGCGCUUCUCUGCAUCCGAUAGCUCCUAUCCUUAAGCCUAAAAUGUCAUGCCUCGACUUCGAUACAGAUAGACUUGCCAUACUCCAACGCCUUGUCUGUCAUCUUACCUCUAGACAGGCUAAUUCUGCACUUAAUCCUGAAUUAACAAUUAAGCCUCUUCGACAAAUUCCUUCGACAAGUCACACAUUGCAGGUCAUUGCACAAGAACAGGCUUAUUCUGAGUCUGACAAUGGACAAUUGUGUCGUGCAUGUGAUGCCACAGCCAUCGUUCUCAAAGAUAGCCCGAUUGAUGCUAGGAGAUCUCCAAUUUGUUCGCGCGAACAAGAAACGCCGAUGGCUGCCAAGAUCGUCCCAAUAGAUACCACCUGCACUCAGUCUCCUUACCCUGCCAAAAUUUCUGAAAACACUGGCCUGACAGAAACAAUGUGUUUGGCCCAAACUCAAGCCAAAUUCGAUGCAGUAUUAGCCUCAGGUUACGGUGCCGUAAAUUCUACCUUUGGCAAACCCAAAGGCUUGGAAAACUUUGCUUCCUCUAAACCAAAUGAUGACUUGACACACUUUAACGUGGGGCUUUGUUCGGUCGAGCUUUCUAGAGAAGAUGCUCUCUGUCCUGGAUUAAAACAGCCUUUUAUUGCUAACGAUGAUGCAGUAAACACAUGGGCCUGUAAGGGACCAUCAAAAAGUGCUCUGACUCAAGAGGUAAGUCGUCAGCCAUUUGACAUUUGA